CACACUGAUUAGAGCCCAGCUGUUAUGCAGCUGUGUCAUCUAACUUCACUUUGUUCAUCAGUGAUUGGGGACUGUCAAAGGAGCAGCGCUGACCUGAAUGGUGGACCACUCACAGAACACACCUGGGUCUAAGCUGUUCCUGUAGUAAUAAAAAUACAACUGUGUUAAAUCAAAUAUUUAUGCUAAUGUACAGUUCUCCGUAAUAGCUCAUGACCAACUUUUUUUUUUCAAAACAGAGAAGUUUACAUGUUGUGGUUUCCCUGUACAAUAAUGAGCUUCACGUUUUUGCAUUAUAACUUUGAUUAAAAGUAAUAAUAUAGUGGUGAUGUGGAUUUGUUUUGUAGACGUUGCACAAAAUUAUAUGUGUCUGUAAGGUGUUUUUGCAAUCCUGGGAGUAAUGUUACUUUUUAUUGUCGUAUCAAUGCGGGUCCACAUGCAGUAUCCAGCGUAAAUGAAUUAGCCAGCCAGAGAGAGUCUCAGGUGUUGGGAAUGCCUUGUAUAAAAUAAAAUAAAAAAACAGGAGUAUUGUAAUUCUUGCUGCUAUUUAUUUGUUUCACAAAGUGAAGGUGUUUCAAGCUAGUGUACUUGUUUGGGUACAUCAGCACAGACUCUAGUCUGCAGCACAGCUUUUUAUUAUGAGAACUUUACUAAUGCGUAACCAGACCAGUGUAGAGAAAAGCCUUGGUUUGCAGACCUUUACUACAUAUAUACCUUCUUUGAAAAUGUCUUCAAAAACAGGAAACAGCAUUUAGCUAGCAUUGCACUUUAUCAACAACCCGUUACAAAAUCCCUGUGUGAUGGUGGGUCUGACAUGAUUGCAUAAUGCACAAGCAUCUGAAUGAUUAUGUCUCAUUGACGCUGAGGUUUGAAAUAUAAUCUACGACUUGACCAGAAUCAACUUCUCUCCCCUGAAAACUGCUCUUGCUGAUCAGCUGCUUCUCUACUGUCUUGUCAUCCAGAAAUCCUUGGCCAUACAGCAUGUCUCAGAAAUACCCCCACACGAACACAGGGGAUGACUUUCUCUCGCAUCAAGACAUGUAUGCAGACUCAUACCAGAGACAGUCCAAUACGUAUCAGCCAACAGUUAGAGCUUCGUCUCAGGAGCAACCAUGCCCUACAACAUCUUCCAACAGAACUGUGGACUCUCUUUUCCACUUACCUGGAAUGGCUUUGUCAUUUCUUCACAGCUGUGGACUGGACUCGAGCGACCUUGUCCACCUUGCAGAACUUCCUGAGCAUCUCAUCACAGUUGAAACACUUCCCAAAUUACUUUUACAGAUCAAAGAACGUAAAUUGUCCAGCACAUCAUUAUCAUCAUCUGGGGUGGCCUGUACAAGUGAGCCUAUUGACAAUACCUCGACUCAUGCCAGAGAGGGUAGCAGCCACAGCAAACCUGUCGAGUAUCCCAUCGAUCGACCUGCACAUCCAGCGUACCCUCUUCCUCCAGAGCAAGUUCAAACCUGGCAAGACCGGUGGGGGAAUCCUCGACGAACGAAUACUGUAACCAGCAGCUCCAGCAGUAAAAGCAGCAGUGUUCCAGACUACAGCGUCCCCAAUUACAGUGACUUAUAUUACAGUACCACAGAUUUACCAGAAGACCCAUUAGGCCCUUUUGCUGAUUUCGGGCCAAGGCCUUUGCUUUCCCUGAAAUUAGAGCCACCAAUUUUAACGCCUAGUAGACACGAGGCCUCAGACUUUAAUUGCAAAAUCCCCCCAGCUUUUCCUUAUGAGUGUUGUCUUUGUGACAUUUCUGUCAGUUCUACAAAGGAGUGGCUUUUUCAUGUUCGAAGUAGAGAGCAUGCAGAAAAUCAGCUUGAACUUGUGAGAAACUACCCAAAGUGGGAUCAAACUGUUGAAUCUGCAAGAAGGAUUGACAGAGUUUUCAAAGUGCCAACUAGGAAGGAGGCCAUAGACUUCAAUGGCACCACUCCCUCAGUUUUCCCGUACAUGUGUGUUCUCUGCAAGGUCACUGUCUUUUCUGAAAAGGAAUGGACUACUCACAUUACAGGUGGUCUACAUGCUAAGAGCCAGCUUGAACUUAUGGCAAUGUACCCAGAGUGGAAUGGGACUGUUCGAACUGCUAGAAGAAAUGAUGGUCACACCUCCAAUGACUUAAAAGAUGAGAAAAAUACCUUAGACAUGAAGAGGUCACAAGCAAAAGAUGAACCGAGUUCUCGAGUUGUGAGCUUCGCUCCGUUACCGACUGGAGAUGGUGUCAAUGCAGAGUUGAUUGCCAUUGCUAAACGAUUUGGAUCCGUCAGGAAAUCGUUGUUUCUGCCAAACCGGGGUUUUGUGGAAAUGAGUUGUUUAUCAGAUACCAAGAAAUUGGUUGAACGCUACUCAGCCAGUCCACUUAAAUUAAAAGGCAAAUUAAUUCAAGUCACCUUCUCUUGUGAAUAUAACUCACUGAGAGAUACAGAAGUUAAUGAACAGAGCUUUCAUAAGCACAGCAGAUCCAGCCCAAGCAGACACAAGCUUCAGAGGCACUCUCCUAGUCCCAAGAGAAGACGUUCUUCAGAGAAAACUCGCUCCAGGAGUCCUAAGAGAAGAUCCUCGUUAGAAAGGACCCGCUCUAGUCCCAAAAGAAGACGCUCAUCUGAGAGGACCCAAUCUAGCACCAAAAGAAGACGCUCAUCGGAGAAGACUCAUUCUAGCCCGAAGAGAAGACACUCGUCAGAGAGGACUCAUUCUAGCCCGAAGAGAAGACACUCGUCAGAGAGGACUCAUUCUAGCCCGAAGAGAAGACACUCGUCAGAGAGGACUCAUUCUAGUCCGAAGAGAAGACACUCGUCAGAGAGGACUCGGUCUAGCCCGAAGAGAACGCAUUCAGUAGAGAGGACGGACUCUUCUAGUAGUCACCAUGGAAAUGAGCAAGAAGAUAAAGACACAGCCACAAAAUUAAACAAAGAUACAGAGGAAAAAGAAAAUGUGAGCAACAACUAUGUUGAAAACACAGAUUCAGACGAUGACCUUGAAGGCCUAGAAGUGCUAGCAGACGAUGAAGAAUUAGUCCAUGACAGUGAUGAUGAUUCUGAGUCUACAAAAGGUGACCAGGAGAAUUUACCAUCAGAACCAGUGGAUAUAACAGACGUUCAUACAAAGGAACAAGUAAAGACGGAAGAAGGUUCUCCAAAUGCUGAUAUAUCAGAGGCAUCGAACAGCUUAAAUGAGGGACAAAAGAUUGAAGAACCAGAAGAUCACAAAAUAGAGGAAGACCAUGACUUCCCAAAAAGUCUUGAAAAUUGUGUGACUUUAGAAGAGCUCAAAGAAGAAAAUUCUUCAGAUCGUCUAGAAUCUAAUGAACCAAAGGCCUUGAUCCCAGAAACUGAGGAAACCUUCGGCAAAGUCCUCGAGGUCAGAAAUCUACCAAGUGCUGAACGCUAUACAGACACUGAUUUUAUCAACAUCGUAAAGCGAUAUGGCGAUGUAACUCACCAUGUGCUGUUUCAAAGUAUCAGAAAGGGAUUUGUUGAGAUGGUGGUUGCGUCAGAUGCCGAGAGAAUUGCUGCUGAUUCUAAAAAUCAAGACAUAGUGCUGCGUGGCAACAUCUUGAAGAUUGAAGUGUCUGAGAAAUACUGCCAUCUACCAGAAGAAGGAUUUAAUGUUGAUGAUGACGAUGAUGAUGAUGAUGAUGGUCAAGGAAAAGAAGAACUAUCUAAGGAGUCAAAAAAUAAGCAGCAGAGUGAUGAGCUAAAUAGUGACGCAUCUGAGUCUUCAGAUGAAGCUCUUAAAACAGAUGGUCCAGUAGGAACUGAGUUUGUGCGACCUGUAAUUGGCUACUCCUGUACCCUCUGCAAUAUUCUCUAUGCCAGUGAGGAGGAAGCAAAAGAGGAACACUGCAGAAGUCUAUCACACCGUGAGAAAGUGAAGGAACACAAGGAAGAAAGUGGCUGUAAAAAAUAAACGGGUCAAAGGUGCAGCGCAGACCUACCUGGAAAGGCUUUCAGUUGUUCUUAAUUAUCACAUGAAAAUAAAGACAGUUCUUGUUAUCAUUUGCUCGCCUGUACCAUAAUUGUUUUUUGGUGGUUUAAUUAAAGCAGUUUUGCAGGUAAUUAGAGGUACUGUAUUAUAUGCCAAGGAUACUGUAUCAAGUUCAGCUGGAUUUGUAAUUUUACUGUUGUAAGUGAUGUAGUUUUUAAAUCUGUAUUAAAUCAAGUUUGUCUGUCUAUCAAA